CUUCAGGAAGAAAUUUUACCAGUUUUUACGGUAUUAAAGAUGACCAAAUACCAAAUAUUGAAAGUGUUUGUACCAUGUGAUGUUCUGAGUCAGCCAGAAUCAUACCUUAUUGGUCAUGUGAAAAAAGAAACUCAAUCAGUUUAUAUCACAGCCUCAUCAUGUGAUGCCUCAGCAGCCAAUCAGCUGCCAGAACAUCAGCUGAUUGGUUAUUGGUAUGGAGAAGGAGAGGAUGUUUCCAAAAAUAGAACUGACACAAUGCUAGAGCAAUGGAUAAACAUUUGGAAGGAUAAAAGUGCAAAUGUCCAAUGUGAAGCCAUCAGCAACAGAACUGCCUGCCAGUGUACUGUCUUUAUAUAUAGACCUUCAGAUUUACUAGAGUCUGUAAAUUUGAAGCAAAAAGCCGUUGAAAGUUCUGAACAAAAUGACAGUAUAACUUCUUUAGUAAGAAUACUUCACAGUACAAAUUCUUGUCUCUGUGGGUAUGAGAUUUCAGACAGUAUUACAGUGUAUACCUUCAUGUCCAAGACAAACAGCUUCCGUCAGUGGAUGUUCACUUUCCUUACAUCCUUUGUUUACCUUAUAUACCUGCCAUUCAUAAUAUGUCUUCUACCUAUGCAAAGGUGUAGAUUAAGCAGGCAUCUCCAGAAAGUGAUGGGUAUUUCAUCUACAAUAUCACAACUGUCAGGACGGUCAGCAGUGUUGGACAAUAUCAGGUCUUGUAAUAAGUCAGAGCCAGGUUUUAGAUUGAGAUGUGUAAACACAUGUUUACAGCAGCUGAUAGAUACUACACUAGGAGUGUCACUCAUGUAUUUCCUCAUGUAUGACAACACAGCACAGUAUCUAGCCAACAUUUGCCUAUCAUAUGGAGAUAAAGUUGCUGGAGAACUAAAUGUGCUCUUAGACUGGUUAAUGGGAGCUCCAGCAGGUCUUAAACUCAACAGCCAACUAACCAAUAUUCUCGGAAAGUUUUUCCAGUAUCAUAUAUAUCUCUGGUCGGGAUACCUGUAUAUAUUGAAGCCAGUACUAGGACAGUUGGUUUACUAUAGCUCUAUAGCUGGUGUGUGGGGACUAUCUGUACAACUUGCCUUAUUUCAGGACAUUCUAUCUACAAUGACCAUACAUAUUUACUGCUUCUAUGUUUAUGCUGCUAGAUUAUACAGGUUACAAAUGUAUGCUAUUGCAUCACUAUGGCGACUGUUUCGGGGGAAGAAAUGGAAUGUUGUAACACAGAGAGUGGACUCAGCAGUAUAUGAUGCUGAUCAGUUGUUUGUUGGGACAUUAUUGUUUACAGUGCUUCUAUUUCUCCUACCUACUACAGGACUUUACUAUGUUGUCUUCACUCUGUUGCGGGUAGUUGUGUUGACAGUACAAGGUGUUUUAUCCAGACUGAGACAACUGAUUAACUGUUUACAAUGGUGGUAUUUACUUCUCUGGUUUACAAAAUCACCUAUACUUUCAAAUGGUGCUAUGUUCCAGUUUAAAUCCUUUCAUGAGAAGCAAUCAUCUUCAACACUUGUUCUCAAUAUGAAGACAACAAGACCCAGUUUAUCUGAAGUUGUUUUCUUGAAAAGUAAGACUAAUAUCAUUACAUCUAGAUAUUCCUGGGGAACCAUUGUGAAAAAUCUGUUUCUUGGACAUCUCAUUUAUCCAUGGAUAGAAAAAAAGAAAUCAACAUGACUGAGACAACGUAGAGACAUCAGACAUGAUCAGAAGUGUUGUCAAUCUUGAGAUUAUACAAGUCUCUAGUCAAUGUUUAAUAUAUUCAACCCAAAAUGGAACUGAUGUCAUCCUUUUACAGUGGUAUCAACAUUUGUUAAUCUUUUUGUUAAAGCUGCCUUGACACAUAUGGUGGUUUUAAUGUUUUUGAAAUAAAAUUUCAAAUUUAAAA